UGCCCCGCCCGGGGAGGGGAGGAGGAAACCUCCCGCCGUCCCUUUAACAGCCAGCGGCGCUGCGCGGAGUUCAGGCCGGGGUCAGGGGGAGUUCGCAGCCCGGGCUUCACCUCCGCGCUGGCGGCGCCGGGAGCCCCGAGGAGGAGCCGCCGCCGCCGCCGCCCGCUCCGAGGGGCGCACGGCCGGCCGGGACCGCGGCAGCGGCGGGGCAUGGAGCGGCGGCGGCCGGCGGCGGCGGGCAGCGCCCGGCGGCGCCCCCGGGGCUGAGCCCGCUGCGCGGGGCCAUGAGAGUCCACCGAGACCUCGGCUGGCUGGCGGAGGCCACCGGGCGCCCAGGGCGGCGGGCGAGGAGCGCGAUGCUGGACGCCAUGGAGGUGCCGAGCCACUCGCGGCAGCUGCUGCUGCAGCUGAACACGCAGCGCACCAAGGGCUUCCUGUGCGACGUGAUCAUCGUGGUGCAGAACGCGCUCUUCCGCGCGCACAAGAACAUCCUGGCGGCCAGCAGCGCCUACCUCAAGUCGCUGGUGGUGCACGACAACCUGCUCAACCUGGACCAUGAGAUGGUGAGCCCCGGCAUCUUCCGCCUCAUCCUGGACUUCAUCUACACCGGCCGCCUGGCCGACUGCGAGCCGGGCGGCGAGCAGAGCCUGGGCGCCGUGCUGGCCGCCGCCAGCUACCUCCAGAUCCCCGGCCUGGUGGCGCUCUGCAAGAAGAAGCUGAAGCGCAGCGGCAAGUACUGCCACUUGCGUGGGGGCUACGCGCCCUACAAGCUGGGCCGGGGGCUGCGGGCCGCCACGCCGGUCAUCCAGGCCUGCUACUCGGGCACGCCGCGGCCCGUGGACCUGCCGCCCGUGGAGCCGGCGGCGCCGCUCAACACGCAGUGCGGCGAGCUCUACGCCUCGGCCUCGCAGGGCGCCCCGCUGCACCCGCACGGGCUGUGCCCGCCCGAGCGCCACUGCUCGCCGCCCUGCGGCCUCGACCUCUCCAAGAAGAGCCCCACCGGCCCCUCCGCCCAGCUCCUGCCCACCGACCGCCUGCUGCCCGGCGAGCCCCGCGAGCCCUCGCUGCCCCCGCGGCACGACAGCCCCCCGGUGAGCGCCGGCCUCCUGGCCGGCCACGCCGCCGCCUACAAGGACUCGCCGCCGGGCGGCGAGCCGGGGGGCCACCCGCACGCCGCCGACCCCUUCCGCAGCACGCCGCCCUGCGCCGAGCCCCCGCUGCCACGCGCCGACGGGCGCGAGCUCAUGUACCGCUGGAUGAAGCACGAGCCGCUGGGGCCCUACCUGGACGAGGGCGAGGCCGAGAAGGAGCUGGAGCGGGAGGAGAAAGCCGAGUCGCCGCCCGCGGCGCCGCAGCCCCGCUACCCCAGCGUGGAGAGCAACGACCUGGAGCCCGACAACAGCACCAGCGAGGACACGGGCAGCAGCGAGGGCCCCUCGCCCGGCGACGCGCUGGACCGCUACUGCAACCACCUGGGCUACGAGCCCGAGAGCCUGGGCGACAACCUCUACGUGUGCAUCCCCUGCGGCAAGGGCUUCCCCAGCUCGGAGCAGCUCAACGCCCACGUGGAGGCCCACAACGAAGAGGAGCUGUAUCACAAGGCGGCCGCGGAGCAGGCCGUGCCCUUCCUGGACAAGGGCGGCCCGGGGCUGGGCGACAUCCUGCGGCCCUACCGCUGCUCGUCCUGCGACAAGUCCUACAAGGACCCGGCCACGCUGCGGCAGCACGAGAAGACGCACUGGCUCACGCGCCCUUACCCCUGCACCAUCUGCGGCAAGAAGUUCACGCAGCGCGGCACCAUGACGCGCCACAUGCGCAGCCACCUGGGCCUCAAGCCCUUCGCCUGCGACGCCUGCGGCAUGCGCUUCACGCGCCAGUACCGCCUCACCGAGCACAUGCGCAUCCACUCGGGCGAGAAGCCCUACGAGUGCCAGGUGUGCGGCGGCAAGUUCGCCCAGCAGCGCAACCUCAUCAGCCACAUGAAGAUGCACGCCGCCGGCCCCGACGGCAAGGCCAAGCUGGACUUCCCCGACAGCGUCUACGCCAUGGCCCGCCUCACCGCCGACCAGCUGGGGCUCAAGCAGGAGAAGGCGGCCGAGCUGCUCUCCCACACCUCGCACUUCCUCAGCGACCCCAAGGCCAUGGAGAGCCUCUACCCGCUGGCCAAGUUCACGGCCGAGCACCUGGGGCUGAGCCAGGACAAGGCGGCCGAGGUGCUGGCGCAGGCCCCGCACCUGCACGCUGAGGCCGCCCGGACCAUUGAGCGCUACUCGCCGCCCUAGCACCCGCCGGGGCCGGGCUCCCCGCGCCGCGGCCUCCCCGCGCGGGGGCCGGCGGCGGGAAGCCCCCGGCCCGGAGCCGGCCCCGGAGAACUCGCCGGCGGCGGAGGGGCCCGCGAGAGCCGCCCCGGAGCGGCGGGUCGCGCCGAGAGCCCCGGGGCGCGCCGGGCUCGCCUGGAAGCAGCUGAUGGUUCAGGGACCGGCCUCUCGGCUCGGCCCCGCGGCGGCUCCCGGGACUGCGGCGGGGGCGAAGACGCAAGCUGUGACGCCAGGCCCGGGCCGGGCCCCGAGGCUUUGGAGGACAUGAGCCCGCUCCUUAGCUCGGGGCCCGCCGCGCGUGGGGCUCGGCUCGGCCCGGCCCGGGGCGCCUGCCGCGACGGGACGUGGACUUGGCCGCCUCCAGCGCCGCGGGGCCGUGAGUAGUCCGCCCGCUGCCACCGCGCUGCCCCUCUUCCCGCCGGGAAAGCUGCAGCCGGCGAGCGAGCCAGGCCCCGGGGGCCGUGGGGCGGGUGGGAGGCGCGCGGGUCCAGGGCCAGACUGAUGGAGGUGCGGGCAGGGGGACGGGGAAGUGCCGCCGGCCUCCUCGCUCCGCGCUGCCCUCCCGGCCCGAGCCCCGCGCGAGUCAGUGCUCCGGCUGGGCUGCCGCCACCGGCCCCGGCGCUGGGCCCCGGCGCCUUUGCCGCAGGGGGGGCAGGACCCGUCACAGACUGAGCCCCUGGGACCUGCCUCGAAAUCAGGGAUGCCCGGGGCCCCGCGGGGCCGAGGGAGCCGCCAGCCCGGGCCGGGCGGCUUCGCUGCGGGGCUGCCGGGACGCGGAGCAGCUCCCGCCGCCCCCCACCUCUUUCGCCAAAGAUCCCCGUCCCCGGGGGGCUGCGGGCUGGGAGCGCACGACAAAGACAAAGCGGUCGGGUUUGUCAGCUACGCGGACGCGGGCGGCGGCGGCGCCGGGGCCGCGGGAAGGGGCGGCCGGAGCUGCCGGAGCAGAGGUGCGGGGCCCCCCGCCACCCCGGCCUCCUCUCCUGUGCCUUCUGCUCCGGGUGGGCAAAGCCCCCCACGUCCCAUCCCGCGCUGUGACCCCGCUGCCCAGGGCUACUGUGAAGCUUCUCCCCUCCCCGCGUCCCCUCCUUUGCACACGAGGCCCCCGGGCAGCCACUGUCCCCGGCCUUGCGGCCACUGUGCCUUAGCCCCAGCCGGCCGCUCCUGCCCCGGGGCUGGGAACGGCUGGGGGCCGCCCGGGGAGGCCGUGGCGGCUGCACCCAAAGCACAGCCGGCAGCGCCCAGCGAGGCCGCCGGCCCGGGCUGCAUCACGUCCCAUUUGUACACGGGCUCCUCGCCCUUUUUUCUAUAGUCGAAACCGAAUGAGCAAUAAAAUGACAUUAACGCA